GAGAAUUCGUUAAGAAUGGUUUUCCUGGUCUGAUUCGUUUUCUGCGGAAAAUAAAUUGCGCGUCUCGGCCGUCCACCAACUGUCACGACACCGGGUCUCAGGGGGCGGGGAAAGUAAAAGUUAAAUAUUUACCCGGUCGCAUCAUCGCAUCGCGGAAAAAAUCGUGCUCUACGUCGCGGCUGAUAGUUGUGCUCGCGGAUGAGGUGCAUGAGGGAAGCUAGUGGCGCGUUCCGGCGCUUGGUACACUGAUCACGAACCACGAUCAACCCGUGACGACAAAACGUUUUGUUCGCAACGAUGUCCGCUACGGUUGUGGCGGGCGCCCCAGGCAAACCGGAGCAGGAGCAACAGGAGCAGAAAUCGAACUCGCAACAGGAGGAUAGCUGUGAGGAAAAGUUCCACAAAGUGCUGGCCGCCUUUCUUAACCGUGGCUUCAAGAUCAACAACGAUGUUUACCUGGAGAUGAUCGUUAGCCACCUAUCCGGCAAGCAUGAUGAAGAUCACCGUAAAUUCAUCAAAUCGGCCGAAGUGUUCCGGUGGCUCGAGACGAUGCUGCAACAGUGGGAAAGCGAUCGACCUCCGGCAAGCGAUAUUGGGGCCUUUACGCUCCAGCUGCUCGCGAUGAUCGUCGAGAAUGAAUGGGACUUUUCGCGGAUCCAGAGUGGCAGCAAGAUGCUGGACCGCUUCCAGGCGUGCAUCGUACGGAACGGUAAACUGCAAAACGCUUCGAUCAAGCUCGGUCACGUGUUGGUACUGAAGGCCAUCUCCCGGCACGCGAUGGGCAUGAGCUGGAUCAAACAGUCCGGAUCGUGGCGCAUCUGUCUGGACUACUACAACGGCUAUCAAACGAUCUACAUCACCCGAGAAACGUCACUCUUCAUCGACGAGGUACUGGAACGGUUCUGUGCGAUGGGUGACUACGAGGAAGUGCAAGCGAUCAUACGCACCAUCCUGUCGCCGUUGAUCGAUUGCGUGUGGAAGAGCCCCGAGCAGGAUGAUGCGGUGCUGGUGAAUGAUGACCGCUCACAAAAGAUCAUCACCCCGCUGCUGAGUCUCAUGCAGACACUCUUCCGGCGGAUUAUCGAGCGAGGCAAGCGAACCCGGGUAGCGUACUACAUCCUCUACACUUACAAGUUCGAGCGCAACCUGUGGAAGUUCACCGAUACGAUGCACGAUCACACCUAUCUGGCCAAGAUCUGGCAGACGCACAUCUUCGCCAACUGUGCUCGCCUCUGCACAAUGGAAAUACCGCACGACGAUCCGAUGACAGCGGUGGAUCUUACCUUCGACCGUUACACACUCAACUUUCUGAACUACGUAAACUUCUCAAUCCGGCGGGGUAACGUGCAGAACGUGAUGCUGAUGGCAGAGACACAUCACGCGCUCUGGCGUAUACUAGGCGAUCGAGCACCGGAGGAGGUGGUGCUGAAGAACCAGAGCAUCCGCUUCGGGGACCAGAUUUUGCUGCUGCAGCUGUUUCCCGUACUUUACGAGAUGCAUUUAUUGGUCGGCAAAGAGCUGCCGGAUUACGUGGAGAAGUUUUGCACAAAGCUGUACGAUAUCGCGUGCGAAUUCACGAUCCGGUUGAUCUACGCUUGCCGGGAUAUCUUUCAGGCGUACAAUCUUAACGUUACCGAGCUGGCCUGCAAAUCCAUCCAGGGUAUCGUCACGACACACAAGCUCCCGAGAGCCCGGGCCGUUAUUGCGUUCCAAGCUUUUGUCUACGUGCUUAAGGAGUUUCUGCCCGAUAUGUGCUGUCCUUCGGUCGAUGGGGAGACACAGCGUGCGAAUGGAUCGGAUGGUAAAACGUCGCUCAUUCUAAGCAAACCCAACUUACUGUCCGCGAUCAUCAACGGGCUGAUCGCGCUAAUCGAAAGCUACGAUAUCACGUGGAAGGAAUGCAUCGAAUCGACGGCCGUCGUCAACUUUAUGCUGAACCUGCUCACCAACCCGAACCUACCACCGAGGCUGGUAGUACUGGCGCUUAAGCUAACGCAGAUUUCGAUUGAACACUUUCUGGCCCCGAAUUUGGCGCUUCUAAUGGACAACAUUGCCGGCACAGGGCUUGAGUACGUCGGGCGCAUCAUCUACAAGCGGCUACACGAUCUCAGCUGGGAGGCACGCGAUUCGGCGCUGGAACUACUCGCCUCGGUUGUCAUCAUCUCGGAAAUCAAAUUUCCCGCCUUUCAGAAACACAUUCUCGAGUGCAACAUCAUAGCGGUAGUCGAGUCGGCGGCCAAGAACGACACGGAGGCGUACGUACGUGCCUCGGCGCUACGCUGCCUGACGUUGAUGGUGAAGAUACGCCUCUUCUGGGAUCAGGCAAUAUCGAAACUAUCACUUAUGAACCACCUCAUCGAUGUGAUCGACAACGAGAGUGAAGGUGUUGUACGUCGAGAAGCGAUCAACACGGUACGGGAAAUCUACGCCAAUCACAAGAUACAGGCACAGUGUCUCGAUAGCGUCUUCUCCGUGCUGGCCCAUGCCGCGGUCAACGAUCUCUACUGGGAGGUGAAGGUCAAUGCGCUCCACUUCUGGCAGCUCGUAAUGUGCCGUCAGUUUCAGCAUCAAGGUAUGAUCGACGGUGUCUUCCCGGCCGUCACCUUCUCGAAGGAACACAAAAAGAUUGUCACCCUAACCGAGCGCGAGAUUCAAACACGGCUCCUGAAAGUGCUUAAUGAACUGUCGUUGCGCGGCUGUCUCGGCGUUCUGCUGGCGUGCCUCGGUGACGACUGCGAUCUGGGCGUAGUGAAGGAAGCGACGAAAGUGAUCGAGAAACUGAUGUCGUACCUGAACCGGUACGGGUUUCUUGAUUACUAUCAGAAUCUCCCCGGUAGCACGCAAGCUGUAGCUGGUACGGCUACACUCACGAAGAAUACGAACGAAUUAUCCUCAGUAAUGGCCACGAGACCAUCGGUAAACGAUGCAAAGGAAACCCCAGUAACCAUCGUUUCGUCGACCAGCGAAAGCACGGCUACCGUGGCGAAUCUACACCAAGAAGCAAAUACAAGCCGCCGCCGGAACGAUGCGGACUAUAACAGCGGAAAUGUGGCCUGUAACAGUACGAUGGAAGCGGAUGAAAUCAUUGACUCGAUCGUAAAUCUGGACGAUAUGAAUCUGCUUUCGAGUACGUACAAUCCCCGCGUUACCAUGGCUACUGCUUGCACCCUGCAAGGUGGUGACGAUUGUGGCUGCGAUCCCUCGAUACAACACGCGGAACUGUUUCGUCAGUAUGCGGCUGUUAGCGUGGAACAGUUCCUUCAACGCGUGCGAUCGCUCGAUUUGACCGCGAUCGUUAGCAGCCGGGAGCGAUGGUUGCAGCACACGGAUAGUUUCGGAUCCCUGUUGGACGAUGUGCUGUUCUCGUACUACGCGGCUGAGGUGAACGAUGCAGAUUGUUACUGAGAAUUUCUCUGUUUUAGUUGAGCUGGCAGGAGAGAACAAAAGAGAGAUCAAACGAUUGUUGGUUCUUUAGAGCCAAAUGUAAACUCGGCCAUAACAGGAUGAAUGUUUCGUUUAGCAACAACUUUUUACCUCCCGCGGCAAACUGAGUUAAAUACCGUUUCUCCUCCUGCACCUUGCAAUUUCAGCGAGAUCUUGCUAAUCGUUAUAUGGUCGCUCUAUUGGCGAUAGUCUCUGUCUUAAGCCGGUUAUUGUCUCGAAGACAUAAUUGUAGGCGAUUCUGUUGCGGAAAAACGAGAAAACCAAAUAAAAUGAUAAACUAAAACGAGAAAAUACCGUUACUAGCCGUUCGUCCCACGUGCAACAGGUUAACAAUAGUUUGAUUCACACCAGCAUCCCCAAAUCCCCAAAAAAUGGAAAAAGGCGCACGUAUUGGUUUUGGUUUACUUUCAUUUAUUUUCUUACAAUUAGCUAAUUGGUUGAUGAUCUUUCGCUUCGAUUCCUCCCAGCGGUCCUCCAGUACAUAUAUAAGAUUUUCCAGCUCCAUCAACACGUUU